GAAUGAACCAAUGAUGUAAGGAAAAUCAAAUCAACUCUGGACGGCGAUUUCGAGGCGGCCGAACCUGGUUCACUCACAUCACAGCAAUUUCACAAUCCACGCAUUCCCACACGUCACCGGUUAUCCAAACCUACUUUUUUUUUUCAAUAAUUCACGGCCGUCUUUACUCCUUUGCUUACUGCUCUGCUCCGAGCCUGCGUCGGGGAUAAAAUUUAGCUGUCUUGUUUCAUUAUUGUGUGAAACUUAUAAAUACCCUUUGCCGGUCUGAUUGCUCUCUCCCCAUCUGCCAUCUGAAUAAGCUUGUGCAACACACCGAGAAAGGAGCAACGUCAAAGCAAAAUGGGUGAUAACAACAAUGAGGCGUCUGCGCAAGCUCCCUCCAUUCCUCUCCUCACUCCGUACAAGAUGGGGAAGUUUAAUCUUUCUCACAGAAUUGUGUUGGCCCCAUUGACAAGGCAGAGAUCUUACAACAAUGUUCCUCAGCAGCAUGCCAUCUUAUAUUACUCUCAGAGAACCACGAAAGGGGGUUUCUUAAUAGCUGAGGCCACUGGAGUUUCUGACACUGCCCAAGGAUAUCCUGAUACACCUGGGAUAUGGACGAAAGAGCAAGUUGAAGCAUGGAAACCAAUUGUGGAUGCUGUCCAUCGCAAAGGCGGUACAUUCUUUUGCCAGAUAUGGCAUGUUGGGAGGGUUUCAAAUUCAGGUUUUCAACCAAAUGGACAAGCCCCAAUCUCAUCAUCGGACAGGCCACUACUCCCGCAAGUUCGGGCUGAUGGAAUUGAUGUUGCACAGUUCACUCCUCCAAGACGUCUAAGGACAGAUGAAAUCCCUCAAAUUGUCAAUGAUUUUAGGGUUGCAGCCAGGAAUGCCAUUGAAGCUGGUUUUGAUGGAGUUGAAAUCCAUGGAGCUCAUGGUUAUCUUAUCGAUCAGUUCAUGAAAGACAGUGUGAACGACCGUACGGACCAAUAUGGUGGCUCUCUGGAAAACCGUUGCAGAUUUGGUCUAGAAGUAGUUGAAGCUGUGGUAAACGAGAUAGGCGGAGACAGAGUUGGGAUAAGACUAUCGCCUUUUGCAGAUUACAUGGAGGCGGGAGAUUCAAAUCCAAAAGCUCUGGGAGUGUACAUGGCGGAGAGUUUGAACAAAUAUGGAAUUUUGUACUGUCACAUGGUGGAGCCACGGAUGAAAAAUGUUCUGGAGAAAGUUGAAUGUCCACACAGCCUGUUACCAAUGAGAAAGGCAUUCCGGGGUACAUUCAUAGCUGCUGGAGGGUUUGAUAAGGAAGAUGGAAAUAGAGCCAUUGCUGAAAAUGGAGCAGAUCUUAUUGCUUAUGGCCGUUGGUUUUUAGCAAAUCCAGACCUGCCAAGGAGAUUCCAGAUAGAUGCUCCUCUCAACAACUACAAAAGAGACACCUUUUACGCAUCCGAUCCGGUGGUUGGUUACACAGACUAUCCCUUUCUUGAAGACUAGCAAUUCUUCAGACUGUACGCAGUAAAAAAAUUAGUUGGGGCAGAACCAAACUUUUACUGCUGGCUCACAAAAGUAGUUUCAUUUCAAUAAUGAUGAAGAUCUUCAAUAUUCUUGUAAUCUCAAAUAAUUGUACUUCUCAAGUUAAGAGUAAAAUAUCACCCUCACCCCUUUAUAAAUCUUUCAAAAA